AGAAUUCCUUAAUUCUUGCAGGGGUCCACCUGGAACUAAUUAAUUAAGAAUUCUGAUACAAAUUAACUUCUUAGAGUUCAGAUUCACCAACCUGGAAGUAAAAACAAAAAUAUAAAAAAGUUAAAAACAGUUCUCCUUUCACUUUUCCAAAAUCUUCUCUCCCUAUUUUCCUAGACACCCUUUAUCUCCAUGGACGAUUGCAUUCAAGUUCUACCAAUCACCGCCAGCCACGUGGUGGCAGUGCCAUACCCUGGACGAGGCCACGUCAACCCCAUGAUGAACCUCUGCAAGCUGCUCCUCUCCAAGAACUCCGACAUCCUCGUAAGCUUCGUGGUCACCGAGGAAUGGCUCGGCUUCAUAGGCUCCGAGCCCAAACCCGACAACAUCGGAUUCGCCACUAUCCCCAACGUUAUUCCCUCCGAACACGGUCGAGCCAGCGACUUCGUCGGCUUCUUUGAAUCCGUUAUGACCAAAAUGGAAGCUCCCUUUGAAGAGUUACUCCAUCGCCUUCAGCCGCUCCCAACGCUAAUCAUAUACGACACUUACCUCUUCUGGGUGGUUCGCGUUGCCAAUAGUAGAAACAUUCCCGUGGCGUCGUUUUGGCCAAUGUCUGCGUCGGUUUUCGCUGUCUUCAAACACUACCAUCUUCUCCAGCAAAAUGGCCACUACCCUGUAAAUGUAUCGGAAGACGGUGAGAAACGUGUGGAUUAUAUUCCGGGGAACUCGUCAAUUCGUCUGGCAGAUUUUCCCCUUAACGAUGAAAACUGGCGCAGCCGAAAAUUGUUGGAAUUGGCCUUGAAUGUUAUACCAUGGGUGCAGAAGGCGCAAUAUCUGUUAUUUCCUUCCAUAUACGAACUUGAGCCUCAAGCUAUUGAUGCUUUGAAAUCAGAACUCUCUAUACCCAUUUACACUGUUGGCCCUGUAAUACCUUAUUUCGGCAAUGGCCACAUUGAUUUCUCUAAUUUUGCUGACCAUGAACUUGGCUACUUUCAAUGGCUUGAGAACCAACCCUCUGGCUCUGUGUUAUACAUUUCUCAAGGGAGCUUUCUAUCGGUUUCCAAUGAACAAAUUGAUGAAAUUGCAGCUGGUGUUCGCGAAAGUGGCGUUCGGUUCUUGUGGGUGCAGCGCGGAGAGAAUGAUAGGUUGAAAGAUAUUUGUGGAGAUAAGGGACUAAUUUUGCAAUGGUGUGAUCAAUUGAGAGUGUUGCAGCAUCAUGCUAUUGGAGGGUUUUGGUCUCAUUGUGGGUGGAAUUCCACCAGAGAAGGUGUUUUUAGUGGUGUUCCUUUUCUGACCUUUCCAAUAUUUAUGGACCAACCCCUUAAUGGUAAGUUGAUAGUAGAGGAAUGGAAGGUGGGGUGGAGGGUGAGGACAAAGGUUAAAGAGGACACUUUGAUAACAAAAGAUGAAAUUGCUAGUCUUAUUAGAAAAUUCAUGCAUCUGGGUAGUGAUGAAGUGAGAGAUAUGAGGAAAAGAAGCAGAGAGCUGAAGCAGUUAUGUCAUGGUGCAAUUGCAAGUGGUGGGUCAUCAGAAACUAAUAUCAAUGAUUUUCUUUCGCAUGUAUUACAGAGUGCCAAACCAGAGUUAUAGUUUUCUAGCCAGAGUGCUGGAUCCCAUUCUCAAAUAUCUUGAUCGUAAGAGCCGAGAAUUCAUAUUUACAAUGUUUGAAUCACAGGAUAUGAGGAGGGCACUUAUCCAAAUCUAUCUUGUUGGAGGUUGGA